GCUCUUCCUCUAUAUUAAACUGAACCAGCUCUGAGUACCCAUGCCAUACAAGAAGGAAGCCAUGGAUGGACUGCAGUGGACUGCCGUCAUGGCGCUCUGCCUUGGACUUGCAGGAGCUUCUGAGGUCCAGAUAAUUGAUGGACGUGAGGCCACACCGCACAGUCGACCCUACAUGGCCUACCUGAGCAUUGAGAUGGAAGAUGGCAAUGGUGCAUGUGGAGGAUUUCUUAUUAAGCCAGAUUUCAUCUUGACGGCAGCACACUGCAAUGGCGAGUCCAUUACUGUGGUUCUUGGAGCUCACGACAUGUCCAAAAGGGAGACCUCAUGGCAAUUAAUCCAAGCAGAAAAGAUGAUUCCUCACCCCGACUUCAACUCCAACAGCCUGGUAAACGACAUCAUGCUGCUGAAGCUGGCACGCAAAGCCAAGCUUAAGAAGAAAGUGAAGCUUGUGGGAAUUCCAGAGGCUGAUGAUGAUGUCCAGCAUGGUGACCUCUGUUCGGUGGCAGGUUGGGGAAACACAGUGACUGAUGGAAAUGGCAGCAACAUGUUGAGAGAAGUGAACGUCACCAUCAUUUAUUGGGAUACGUGCAAAAAAUCCUGGGAUGCAAUGAUUCCUGAGAAGACCAUCUGUGCCGGUGGUUACAAAACAACCAAGGGAUUCUGUCAGGGAGACUCCGGUGGUCCACUGAUAUGCAACAACAAAGCCAUGGGGAUUGUGUCUUUCAACAGCAUACGAGGGUGCGAGUAUCCAAACCUUCCCAACGUGUACACCAGUGUGGCGGCUUACCGGGACUGGAUCAACAGCGUUCUGCAACAGCACUCGCACACCCCUCUGUAAAUGAGGCAGCAUAAGCUUACAUGCCCGCUUUCCUUUGUUCCUCUAAAAUGUCAGUUUUUUUUAUAGUGCCACAUGCAACAAAAAUGUAAAGCUAAGCUUCUAACCUGCAUAAAUAAAGCAAUCAAAAAUCAA